AUGGCUAGCAUUAUAGACCAGAGUUAUGAGGGCUUUGGGCUUGGGGACGAUGCCAUACACGAACCACUCACACUUCCAUUAAGAAUACGCUUCUUGGUCGAGAAAAAUCUGCUUCAUCGGGGGAUUAGCCUCCUUCGACGAUUUAGGCCUGGACUUGCACCUCGGGUUUUUAGCCUAACUCCAAAUCUCAUUAUUAAAUAUGGAUCAUACAAUAUCCUAGCUGAAGCACAGGCAAUUGAGUUCGUCGCAAAAAAUACAACUGUGCCCUUGCCACGAAUUGUUCGAACAUAUAAGUGCCUUGAUGGGACUUGUUAUAUUUUGAUGAAACGAUGCCCUGGUGUUCCCAUUUCGAAGGUUAUCAAUACAAUGUCAAUAGAAGAGAAACGGAACCUUUUUAUCCAGCUACGCGGCUAUAUAGACGAGCUACGUUCUCUUGGGUCUAGAAAGGCGGUAGUUGGCUCAACAGAUUAUGGCCCCCUUGAUGACCUGCGUCUACUUACGGGUCGUUGUGGCCCUUUUAAAAGCGUAACUGCUUUCCAUAGGGGGAUAAGUGGUGGAUUUAAGAGUCCCACUGGGCAUAGUGAAUGCGAUAAAAUGAUAGCUGAACAGGAUAGCCGCGAAUAUAGUAUCAAAUUUACGCAUGGUGACCUUUCACUGCGUCAUAUCUACUGUCUGAAGGGCCGGAUUACAGGCAUAAUUGACUGGGAGACUGCGGGCUGGUUUCCUGACUACUGGGAAUACGUGAUGACUUGGGACUCCUUUUGGGAGACGCCGGCCUUUCGAGACGACAUUGCUAUUUUCCUUGACCCUUUCCCAAGGGAGCUUGAGACUGAGCGAACUCGUCGGCGCCUCUUCGGCAUAAUUUAA